AUGUGGCCACAGCCCUCUGACGAGGCUGGUCAACCGAAAGCCGAUGCCAGUUUUGGUACAUUUCGAGUCGUUAAGGGUGCUCGUCAAUUGGUUGGUCAGUUUGUGCUUACGUCCGGGAGCUGUAGUCUGGUUGACACCGUCGCUGAACGGUCCUUGUCCUCCGCCCAUGCCCUCUGUGUUGGGCUGCGUUACAGCAGCCACGGUGAUCGUAUAGUCGGUUCUCGGCUCCAAGUUGUACACGGUUGUUGGGUUGUCGGCUUGUCCGAUACUCAGCCUGAUCACAGUCGAUCCAGUCAGCGUGUUGACGACCUUGACGAUGUAGCCUUCGAGAAAUCCGUUCGAGACGGUUGGUCGUUGCCAUCCGACGGUGACCUCGCUGAAGCUGUAGCCGGCCACCCUCAGUUGGAGCGGAGCCGAGGGGGCUAA